AUGCUUGGCUUUUGCGGAUGUCUUGGUCUUAUCGUCAUGUUGAGAUCGGCAGUUUGGAUGGCCCAUGUGUACGAGGACCCGGUCCUUUAUAACCCCGGCACGUUUGACGAGAAUAUUAUUGUGAAUAAUGAAAAUGGUCUGGGGACCGCCGAUGUGUACUACGGGCUGGCGAAUCUAAGUAGCAGCGGCUUCGCUUUGGACCAAAAUCCAGUCGCCGUUGUGUUCGCCCCUAAAGCGUCAACAUCGGAUUUCAAGGAUGUCUAG